AUGUACGCCGCAAUCACUUGCUCGCCACCAAUUGGACAGUCAACAGCUAUUCCCAAGAAUCAAACCUCCGUCCCAUUCUCUGUGUUGCUAGAGACUACAGCUUCAUCCUUGGAUGAUAUCAAGGUCUCAAUCUGGCACAAUCACAAGAGCCAGCAUGAUUGGUCUGAACUUGCUCUCACCGCAUCCAGCGAUCACGAUGAUGUUCUCCUCGUAAACUCCAAGUCUCAAAUCGCCCGCCGAUGGUACACUGGAGAUCUUCCUGGUAGACCUGAUGAUUUGAGAUCUGUCUCCUUCACCGUCAAGUUCCAGAUCGGAAGCGACUCGGGUUGGAAAUGGAUCAAAGACCAAAGCGGUCUGGAUGACGGCCACCUUCAUUAUCAACAAUCACAUGAAGGUCUAGGCUUCCCUGGAUACUUCCGUGGAACCAGCUCCGACCUCAACAUUCGCAAGACAAGUGCCGAUACUCCUGACACUAAACUAUAUUCUAUCACAACGUCUGUCGAGCCAGCAAAAGGCAACGAUUCUGGAUACAGCAGAUACAUUCUGGGUACACCAAAGGACUUUACCCGCUGGUUCUCGUUGGUGCGUCUUUGGUCCCCCUGGCUUGCACCUCGUCAGGGUAGGGACAAGUUUCACUUGGACAAGGAUGCAGUUCUGGCAGCAUUCCUUCGCCAUGAUGGAGCCCAUGUUGUCUGCCUUGCUAUCAGUGGUGUUGAAGAUGUUCUCACUGUCUUCCAACAUGACGAUGAUGGCAAUGUGGUCAUUCACGCUCGCAACGAUCGUGAAACCGAGGGCACAAGUCAUGUGGUUGUCGCUAUUGCAAACACUUUCGAGAUUGCCAAUGCAGCAGUCAUGUACCAUGCAAGAAAGAUCGUCGGAGGUUAUGAAUCAGCAACAGGCCAAGUCGAAGUCGAAACCAAGGCUCUAAUGGAGAAGAACGUCAAGGCCGAAUGGCUAGAGGAGUGGUAUGACGGCUUCACCUACUGCACCUGGAAUGGAUUGGGUCAGAAACUCACUGUGGACAAAAUCAACGAGGCUCUGGAAUCACUCAAGAACGCAGGCAUCAUCAUCGAGAACCUGAUCAUUGAUGACAACUGGCAGUCUUUGACAGAAGGCAAGACACAGAUGGAGCGCGGCUGGACCGAUUUCGACGCGAACAAGGAGGGCUUCCCGCAAGGACUCAAACACGCUGUCACUGAUAUUCGCAAGAAGCACCCGAACAUCAACCACAUUGCGGUUUGGCACGCCAUUCUGGGCUACUGGGGUGGUGUCGCUGAAGGUCACAACAUUGCAAAGAACUACAAGACUACGACUGUGCAGAAAGAGCCAGGAGUUGCAGAAGGCGAGAUGCUGGUUGUCGACGGUUCUGACGCUCAACGCAUGUACAACGACUUCUAUGCUUUCCUAGAUGACUGCGGCAUCACUGGAGUCAAGACUGAUGCUCAAUUCUUCCUCGACAUGAUCGUUGACGCACCUGACCGUAGGAGUCUGAUCACCGAAUAUCAAGAUGCCUGGACAAUUGCCCAUCUCCGUCACUUUGGCUCGAGGGCCAUCUCGUGCAUGUCUCAAUCUCCUCAACUGCUCUUCCACUCUCAGCUCCCGACCAACAAGCCACGACUUCUGGUCCGCAACUCAGACGACUUCUUCCCUGAGGUGCCUGCCUCUCACCCCUGGCACGUCUUCUGCAAUGCUCACAACUCCCUACUCACUCAGCACCUCAACGUGAUUCCCGAUUGGGACAUGUUCCAGACAUCGCACGAAUGGGCUUCAUUCCACGGCGCCGCUCGUUGUGUGUCUGGCGGACCUAUCUACUUUACAGAUUAUCCCGGCAAGCAUGACAUCAAACUCAUCAACCAAAUGACAGCCCGCACUACUCGUGGAAAGACAGUCAUCCUGCGUCCGCACAACGUAGGUAAGAGUACAAACGCCUAUGCUGGCUACGAAGACCACUCUCUCCUCAAAGUACACACCUACCACGGCUAUGCACGUACCGGAACCGCAUACGUCGGCGUCUUCAAUUGCACACAACGCCCACUAUCCGAGCUCAUCCCUCUGUCUACCUUCGCGGGCGCCGAGGAAGGCAAGUACAUCAUCAGAGCCUUCACCACCAGUGCCAUCAGCAAACCCAUGUCUCUGGGCGAGAAGAAAGCUCUAGUCGGCGUCGAGAUCGAUGUCGGUGGCUGGGAAAUCCUCUCCGCCCACCCCGUCCACGAACAUACUCUUCACCGUGGCGGCGCCAUCGCCGUAGCCUCUCUCGGCCUUCUCGGCAAAAUGACCGGCGCCGCCGCCAUCGAAAGCAGUGAUGUCUAUGUGGACGGUCAAGGUCGUCUCCGCUACUCUGUUCUCCUCAAGGCUCUGGGCGUUCUCGGUUUCUGGAUCGGCGACUUGGUUAAGAAAUGGAGUGUCGAGAAAGACAUGCUGGUGUUGAUCUUCGGCAAACAGAUCCCUGAGGGAUGUGUCAGUGUCGAGGGAGACGUGCUCAAGAUUGAUGUCGACAAGGCUUGGAAGGAGACUGGACAGAAGGCCGGAUGGUCCAAUGAGAUUGAAGUGGAGCUUUUCAUUUCGUAA